UGUUCGCUCUCGCUACCCCUUUGUGAUGUUUACCGCAAGAAACCUUCAAAGGCACUCUGUUAGAGCCCUCAAUUUUCUCAUUUCCAGCAAUUCUACAGAGAAUGCUGUGCUACCUAAAGGGGGCAAUUAUCGGCCUAUGGACGGGAGUUAUCGGCCUGUACUUCGUGGAAUCAAAGAGGCGACAAAGCCGUUUAUGUUUAGUAGAAUUCGGAAUCAAAGAGCCAUUUAUGUUGAUGGGGCUCGAGGGAUGUCAGGAAAGAGCAUGAGGAGCAAAGUGGAGGCGAGGCUGAUUAAAGAGACGGGCAAAACCCUAAGAGAACGUAGGAGAGCUGGUAAACUUAGGAAGAAGUUGAUGACUGAAGAGGAACGGCUUUUAUACAAUCUUAGAAGAUGUAGGCAAAGAAAAAAGUGGCAUUGCUUCUUCAGAAGCUGAAAAAAUAUGAGCUUCCAGAGCUGCCAUCCCCGAAGCAUGAUCCUGAGCUUUUGACCCCCGAGCAGCUUCAGGCAUAUAAGAAGAUUGGUUACAAGAAUAGAAACUACGUUCCUGUUGGUGUCCGAGGUGUUUUUGGGGGAGUUGUCCAGAAUAUGCAUCUUCACUGGAAGUUCCAUGAGACUGUUCAAGUUUGUUGUGAUAAUUACCCUAAGGAAAAAAUUAAGGAGAUGGCCUCCAUGUUAGCACGACUGAGUGGUGGUAUUGUGGUUAACAUUCAUAAUGUGAAAACCAUUAUUAUGUUCCGUGGAAGAAAUUACAGGCAACCCAAAAAUCUGAUUCCUAUCAACACACUUACAAAAAGGAAGGCACUAUUUAAAGCAAGAUUCGAGCAAGCUCUAGAUUCACAGAAAUUGAACAUAAAGGAUUAUGAACAAAAACUCCGUAGAAAAGGGAUAAAUCCUGAUGAUCCGGUGGCCAUGGCUAGCAUACAACGUGUAGCUUCCACAUUCUUCAAUGCCAUCGACCAGAAAGAAGGAAGCCCUUAUGUUUUCCAAGGCCACAAAAGCAACCAAGCAGGUCCCAGCAGCAGUGACAUAGAGCAACAUCAAUCUGAUGAAGAAAGUGAUCAGGAGGAGCUUGACCGUUUUAUAGCUGACAUAGAAAGGGAAGCUGAUAGAGAAUGGGCUGCUGAGGAAGCAGCGGAGAAGGAAGAACUUGGGAGAAUCAGAUAUUUGAACCAGGAGGAUUUCGGUGGUCGGCCCAGAAGAAGAUCAGAGAAUGGAAGUGAUGGUGAAUCAGAUCGUGAGUUAGGAAGGACAAGGAGCUGGAAUGAUAAACGUGGCAUGAAGUAUGUUCAUGAUGCCAGUGAUGAAGAUGACAAUAUUUCUGAGGAUGAUGAUGGAUGGCGUUCCAGAGGGAAAAGUAAUUAUGAUAAUCAUAGAGAGUACAACAGUAGAAACCAAAACAUAAGAAGCUGGGGAAAAACAAAUAUUGGCAAGGAUAGGGGUAAUGUGAAAUCCGAGACAUAUGGUAAACCUAAAUUUGAAGAGAAGAUGUCAGAUGAGUCUGCUUCAGAUGAUACGCUUAGUGAUCUUGAGGAUGCAAUGUGGGAAUCAGACAAAGGGGAUGAAGAGUGCAUAAAAGAAAGCACAACCAAUGGUGCUGCUGGUAACAACAAAGCGAGUCAUGGGAACAAGAUGAAGGUCUAUAAGUCAAAACAAAUGGAUGAAUGGGACAGUGAUUAGUGAAAAGGCUUCAUGUUGUAACUAGUACCGUGCAAUUGUGCAUUGAGGAACCUUGUGUUUGGGACUUGUGCGAAAGAAAACUGAACAACAACAUCCUGGUUUUGUUGGGUGGCUUACAGUUGGGAGUUGAAAUCAAUCGGGAGGGAUGCAGGCUUAUGGGUCAUUUGAUCGAGGUGGAGGUGAAUAUUCAUUGCCCCGCAGUUAUCUUAGUAUCAUUUUUUUAAUGUUGUCAUACAUCUAUUGCUCAUUAUAUAUAAACCUAAAUCUGUGAAAUAUUAUCUUGGAAGAUAGAGGCUGCUACUUGGGUCUUUUUUCAUGCAUUGGCUUUCUUAUACGCAGAUUUGGGCAGAUUCUAUUUAUUGGCGAUAACUGUGCAAUGUGAUGUAUUAGAAUGUUAUUGGAACACAAUGCAUGAAGAAUAACGACAUAUUGUGUUGUGUAAAUUUUGUCUCCUUCGCCUGUAGCCUUUGGAUCUCUUUGUAUUGCAGUAUCCUACAGAUAGUAUUUGAAUAUUUCAUCUCAUUACUCUUUCAAAAUAGCAAAAUUAUUUUGCCAAUUGAAGUGUUAAAUGCCCAAGGAUGGUGC